CGAUGGUACACGUCAGUUAAACCGUCAACAAAUCCCGCGCCCGCCUUUCCCCCAGUUGAGAACCAAAAAAGGGAUUUGUUUUUCAUUGACUGCCUACGAAAACAGUUCGCUGCAGGAUUUUGCCAGGAAACCCGGACCGAGGACCACCGAAAGGCAGUAGUAGUGAGGCCCGGUAAGGAAAGUGGUUGUGAUCCUUUUUUAUGGUUCCAAAGAGCCCCACCAGCUGCUGCUAGGUCGUAUAUCGCAACCGUUUGUCCAACCACAUACACGUGCCUGUGUGAUGAGACGUUCGCUUGGAAUAUUGACAUGCUUUCUGCUCGCGGCACUACUGCCCACCAUAACGGCCGGUGACAUACCGAAACUCCCUUCGCUCGGCGGCAAGAAGGACAAACUCAAGACUGAAAAGCUACCUCCGUGCAAGGCGUGCACGGUCCUGGUGAACUCGUUCAACGACGGCAUCAGGCGGACUGAACGAUCGAAACACGAUGGUGGUGAUGCGGCCUGGGAAGAAGAACGGCUCGGUAGCUACAAAACCAGCGAGCUACGGCUAGUCGAAAUCCAGGAACGGCUGUGUCACGAUGUGGUGCGUGGCGAGGACCAGUGCCACCAGCUGGCGGAAGACUACGAAACGCAAAUCGAAGAGUGGUGGAAAAACCAUCAAACUACACACCCCGAUCUGCACCGGUGGCUGUGCGUGGAACAGGCGGCCGUCUGCUGCCCGGACGGUUUCUACGGCCCGAAUUGUGACCCGUGCCCAACCUGCUUCGGCAACGGUAAGUGCAAGGGCAACGGUACACGCAAGGGCAAUGGGAAGUGUGCCUGCGACGAGGGUUAUGGCGGAGACAACUGUGAUAGCUGUUCGACGGAGUACUAUGAGGCGUUCCGGGAUGAAGGGAAACUACUCUGUAGCCCGUGUCAUAAGGCUUGCGCGACGGGAGGUUGCACUGGGGCAGGACCGAACGCGUGCCGCGUUUGUCGCAGCGGCUGGCUGAUGGACAGUGCCCGUGGGGGUUGUGUGGAUGUGGACGAAUGCGUCACGGGUGCGCCAUGCAGCAGGCAGCAGUUUUGCGUAAAUAACGAAGGAUCAUACAGUUGUUUGGCUUGUGAUAAAUCAUGCGAUGGCUGCAACGGCGAUGGUCCGGAUUUGUGUGACAAAUGUGCGGAAGGAUAUGAACUGCGCGAUGGAAUGUGCACAGAUACAUCCAACGAAAAGCGUACCCAGUACGCCAACUUCACCCGUUACCUUACCUACCUCGGGCUGUGCAUUGCCACCUGCAUUGUGCUGCAAAAUUCGACCUGGCUGGCCGCACUGGUGGGACUUGCCGUGGCCAUCUACAUCUCCGUGUCGGAGUACUGGCUCAAUACGACCCCUCAGGCACCGGGCACACCGUCGCCGCGUAUUUUAGACGAAAUUCUUCAGCAACACUAAACAUACGAGGCUCAUGAUGUACGGCGGAGGUCGCCGCUUUUUCUUCCUUAACAUCGCUCUUCUGCACACAAAUAGUUGUCGGUUCAACAUUAUUUUUUUUCUAUCUCCCCGGAGAAAGAAAGAUAAAGAGAUCGGACCGUAACGGUUGACUCGCAUCUUCCAUCUGGUUUAUCGUUGUUCUCGAUCUCACUCUCUACUAAGACAACAAACAGCCAACACAAUACUGUGACACAUCAUCCAGACACUAGGAGAACCCCAAUCAGACAAAAUAAACUUGUUUUAUCUCUA